GAACGAGGAUGCUUCAUUUCACAUCUACCAGCUAGUUUGCACACCUCUUUGGCAUACUGGUGAGUGGAAAGUGCAUUAGUAUUUUUAGCAAGUAUUUAUAGGAUCAGCAAAGACUUGUUUGUUAUUGUGUUCAUCCUGAGCUUAAGUAAUUUAUGCCCUUUCAGCUGCCCAACUUUGAUUAGCAAGUGGAAAACAAAAGCAAAACUAUGUUUAAAUGUAUAACUUCUUCAAGUAGUUAUAUGAAUUUAUUUAAAUGUAUAUUUUGAAAUUGCAUGCUUUAACUAUCAUUCAAGUGCAUGCUUUUUUUCAAGAAGUGCAUUAUCAUGGAGAGACAGGGUAAGAUUCUCAGAUGAACCCUUGGCUGACCUGAAACUGCUUACACAACAUCAUGGGCAGCAGCAACACUCUGACAUCAGUGGCUGCUAAGUGGCAGAAAGAAGAAGACUGACUAAUGCAAGCCAGGGCAGAGGAGAGAAAAUGAGUUAAACUGAGCGGGAGCCAAAGGAUGAUACAAAGCCAGGAUGGUAAAUGAGGUAACAAGAGAGAACAAACAUUCAAACAUUACAUUGUUACUCUGAUUAACCAUCACAUGAUUCAGAGGAAUAAUGCCUGCCUCAUUCUUCCCGAUAUUCAGGGAUUAAUGGAUCGAUUGAUGGACUGUUGACAGAGAGCCUAGCUAGCACUUCCUGGUUGCACUUUCCCUUUCUGAGAGGUUAGCAGUGUGCAGGUGCAGCCAGCACGUUCAGACAAGACUAAGUAACAAAGGAUAUGGAAAUAUUUCCCAUUGGAAAUUUCCCUUUAGUUAAUCAAGGAAAUGAAUGAACCUCAUUGUUUCCCAAUACAUCAAAUGAAAAAUCUGUAUUAUUAAAUGAAAUGGUGAUAUGCCAUUCAGAAUGUUCCUACUCUGCCUCUGACUGAUAUCUGAGAAGUGCCGCUGUCCUCAGGACACCCACAACCUGAGAGGAUAAUGUGAGUUGAGAACUCACAAACACCUUUUUCUUUCUAUAAGCUGGGAGCUUAUCAGCAGCUGUAUUUGUUGACGUCGACUGGAUUCGAAGAAGGCUAUUAGACAUUAUCCAGUAAAACGGCAAUCAUUUCUGCUGAGCUGGCACUCUAUUAUGGGAAGUUUUGGGUUGUCAUGGAAACACCCAUUCCUAAUCAUUUGGCUCAGUGCUGCCGCCCCCUUUAUCUCCUUCUAUUCCCAUCUUUUUUUCCCCUCACUUGUUAUCUCUGAGAGUAGAGAAAAACAGAGAAGAGUGAGCAAGAGUGCUGGAGAGGUGGCUAGGAUGAGGGGCAGAGACAGAUGCUCUAGCUGCCCCCGAGGGAAAUGUCUCCCUGUUGGUUCCUCUGGGAUGCAAUCAGAGCAGGGGGCAGAAUUAGUGGGAUACUUUUAGGUUUCGCUUUUGCCCUUUAGACUGUCAAUUUCUCUUUCCCCUGUUUGUUUCAUUUUCCUUGAAUCGGUCUCCUCUUCCUGAUUUCUCCAUCUCUUGUUUUUGCAGUACCUUUACUUUCCCUCAAGGUUGAGGGCAGCACUGAGAGAGAGCAGUGGAAAUCUGCUGACAUCACCUCCCAAGAUCCAGUCAUUGCUUGGCUGGGAGAGAAGGAGGUGGGGCAGAGAAAAGGGAGAGAAAGAUACAGGGAGGAAGGAUGGGAGGGAAGAGGAGGGGGGGCAGGAAUUGGGCAUCAAGAAUACUGCAGCUCCCUCUUAGAUUGUACACACACACACACACACACACACACAUUCAAAUGAACUGGAUCAUGAGGCUCUAAAACACACGCCCACAACAGCAGCAUCACCGUGCUGCACCACAGAGAGAGACCAGCGUAUACUCCCAUCUCUCACUCUCCCUCUCUGUCUGGCUCAUUCUGCCUCAUACACAAACACACACACACACACACACACACACACACAGACACGUGCUGCGGGGAAGAUCUGAGUGUUGGGUCGCUGAGCAUUCAGGCCCACCCACCCCCCCUCCACCCCUCCUAUCCUUCUUCUGCUUUCUCACUCUCUCACUCCCUCUCCGUGUUCACCUUGUCUGUUCCGGCUGUAUGGUUUAUUGUUGCGUCAGAGCCAAAGAGAGCCAGCGAGAAGCAUGCCGGGGGAGAGCACUCACAGAUCUGUCCCCGACGACAAGCAUCCAGAGCAGGGAGCUGAGGAGACAGGGCUCCCUGGACCAGACAUGACCAGACACCCAUCUACUGACUCCACCCCCAGUGACAGUGGUUCCUCUCCUAGUGAUAGUGGUUCUAGCCCUUCUCCCAGCACUCCUCAAAAGCUUCUCCCAGCAUGCACCUCUCCAUUCGGACCACGAUUAUUUCAUGUAACACCUAGCUCCACUGGUACUCCAAGACCUCAACCUGAAGGCUCUGACCAUCGCAACACCACCACGCCAAGAUUGUCUGGAAAGUUAGGUGGUCAUGGACCAUGUGGCCGCCAUGUCCCUGUUAAGAUGGAGAGAAUCAAGGUCCUGACUGGUUCUGAGGUGGAGAGUGACUAUCAAGAGCCACAGACCAUUGACACAAGGGUUGUGAUGGGUCAAGAGACACUGCUCAAAACAACAGAGACCCAGAAAGAGAAACCCCUGAUUGAGCCAAGUGGUCAGGCUAUCCCUUUGACAGCUAUCCCAAGCUCUUCAGAUCCUCAGGCACAAGCAAAAGAGACCCAGCUGGAAACUAGCAAAGAGGAAAUCCAAACACAAAGCCCUAAAGAACAGCAGGAUCAGCAAAAAGACCCUGUACAGCCCCCUACCACACUACCUUCCCCUUUUCACAAGCCCCUACUCCUUUCCUCAUCCUCCCCAGAGCCUGUCACAACUGAUGCCAGUUUGAUAGACAACCAGGAAGAGGGUCAAACCCUCUCUCAAAAUGAAGUGCCUUCCCUCUCUUUUUCUGAGCUGGCUUGUCCAGUUGCUUUGUCCUUCUCUGAACCAGCCUGUGCUGUUGACCCUCUGCGAGUGGGUGUGCCCUCAUCUCUUGACCCCGACCUGUAUUAUACCGCUCCUUCCACCCCAAUCAAAAUGGCUUCCCGCUCUUCGCACCUUAAACAUCAUUCAUAUCCUGGCUCUCCAGCCUGCCCACUUUCCCCUGGCUCUCCCUCAGACAGUGAGGACCUCUGUUCCCCUCUCACCUCUCCCUCUGGCUCUUAUAUUACAGCAGAGGGAGGCAGCUGGACCUCAUCUUAUACAUCUUCCACCUCCCCCUCCACCUCUCCCAAUCUCCUCCUUACAGAAGAAGCACAGGAGGCCCCUGCUUGCUUUGUGGGCUCCUUAUCAGAAAUUGGAGAUGAAGUUGGGGAGGACAAAGGACAAGUGGGACCAGAACGGGAGGAGGAAAGAGCAGGGGAUGUCUGCCUGUACCAUCCCGAGGAUGUUGUCAUGAAUUCACGGAUAGGUAUUACAGGGUCAGUGAUCCUUGAGGAGGAGGAGGCUCUAAAAGGUGAAGAGAUCAAGAUUUCCAGAGAAAGUUGUCGUCCAUGCUGGGUGACUGAGGAUACAUCCCCUCAAAGGAGCAGUAGCAGCCGUAGCAGUGACUCCCAGGAGGAUGGAGGAGAGUCUGAAAGCUCACUCUGUCCACUGGAAGAAGCUGGCUCAGGGAGAGUAGAGUACUCUAGACCCAUUCAGACAGGCCUGAAGCUGCAACUGGAGGCAUGUGUAUCAGAGGAACAUUAUGGCCAGAUGGAGGACCACCCACACCUACCCUCUACUGCCUUGACUCCUGACACAGAGAACAUGACCAUGGCAUCAUCCAGCCUUAGCCCUGACUCACCUCUUACCCCCCUGGAUGCCUUCUGUCCCGGAGCCUUUGACAGGCUUGGCCCCAGUUCUUUCAUGCUCUCCCAGGCAGCCUGUGCUGAUGAUAUACCAGAGGAGGAAAGGAUGAUCCCUGCCUCCCUCAUCUCCUUUCCCCUCCACACCAGCCUUAUCUUUAAGGCUGAUUCAAUGGAAAUCACUCUCUUCCCCACAGAGGAAGAGAAUGAAAUAGAAGUUCAUGACAGAAAUGAAGGAAAGGAUGUUGAUGCAUAUGCAGCAGGUGAAGAGGAGGCAGAUGUUGAAGAUGAUGAUGAUGAUGAUGAUGAUGAUGAUGAUGAUGACGAUGACGAUGAUGAUGACGAUGACGAUGACGAGGAUGAUGAUGAUUAUGAUGAUGAUGAUGAUGGUGAUGGCAAUGUGAAUGGUGCUGCUGCUGCUGAUGAAAAUAAUGAUGAUGAUGAAAGUGACGACCAAGAAGAGACAGGUGAGGAAGCUAAGGUGGAGGUGAAAGUGGUGGAAGAGCUGGAAGAGGAGGAAGAAGAAGAGCAGGAAGAUGAUGAGGAGGAGUGUGAUAGCAAAGCGGUGGAGGAUCCUACAGAUGAAGACAGCUCAGCAUCGUUCCUUCAUUCACUUUCAGAGACAUCUAUCAAUGAAGGGUUGGAUGAAUCCUUCUGUUUUCAAGAUGAUACAGAUGACUCAUUAGAUUCUGCCUCCUAUAAUGGGGAGGAAGAUGAACGUCUAUACAGCACUGAGAGACAUGCGCAAUCACCAGAACCCACAUCCAUGGAUGCACUUGAUUCGACUGACAUCCAAACAGAAACUGAACAGGGGUCUAACACUGAAACUGAAACUUUUCACACACAACUGAGCACAGACAAACUACUGGAUCAUCCCAAAACCACCUGUCUUUCUGAAGCCAUUGCUGUCCAGCCCAUGGACAACAACAUAGAACCCAAACCUCUGGAUAAACCUAAACCCAGCGAACCUCAGUCAGACCCUGAACUAGAAUCUACCAGUGGAAUAGGUCACACAGAACCUUUGCACACGCAACUGAGCACAGAUGAACGAGUGGAACAUCAGAAACUGUCCUGUCCUCUGGAAGUCAUUUCGUGUCCACCACAGUCCCCCAGCAACCUAAAUGAGAGUGGCAGUGAGAGUGAGAUUAUAGAUAUCGCUGGUUCAACCAACCCCCUUGAGGAGCCUAAAGGCAUUCCUCAUGCUAACCCUUCCACCAUCCCUGUUGUCAGUCAUGCUCCUCCUGACCCUGCUGAUGAGUUCCACACCUCUCAUCCCUCUGCCCCUUCCACACAAGAGACGAUAGAUUGUAACAGUUCAGUACUUCAGGAAGAAUUGGCUGAGGGAAAUCCCCCAAUGAAAGAUACUGAUGUGAAACAGAGCAAUGAUUAUUCAGGGGAAGAAUCCACAGAAGAGCCAGAAAGGGACUCUUUCAAAUUGCUCAUCAAGCCUCGACAUUAUCAGACAGAAAGCCAAAGAACUAUUGGAGCCACUAGACUUGUAUUAUCAAAGUCUUUCUCUAACAAGUCUGAUGUCCCAGAGGGGGCAGAGGCCAUGUGUAGGCCCAGUAUUCACAGGGAGUCUGACAUUGAGCUUGACCAGAAGAAUGGAAAUGCAUCAGCUGAGUCCAUGAGUGCAGAAUGUAGAAGUACUGAUUCUGGUCCCUCUUUUAAUAUGGCUACUGCCACCAAUGACUUGAAUAAAGGUGUUCUCCUACUGUCCUGUCCUAAAGACCCUUGUCCCAACCCCAGUAAUAUUCCUGUUUCUGUCUCUUCAGAAGUCAUCUCAGAAUUUACUGACAAUCUGGCACUGACGCCUGAACACUGUCCGGUUGACUCUGCCCAGGAGAAUCUGAGGGAAAACACCCUGAGUACAGAUGAGGGAGUUCUGGGAGCUGUUGGAUCUCCACACUCCCCCCUUGCCAUUUCACCGAAAAGGGAAAACUCUGAAACAGACACGAGUAGGGAGAUGGGUCCUGGAGCUGGUGCAUGGUGUGAUGAUAGGAUGGAGCUAGGGUUAGGAUUAGGUUCAGGAGCUGAGUUUGGUGUCUGGGGAGCAGGAGAGUCUCUUUCCCUGUCUCUGGAGAAGAGGUAUGAUUUAGAGGCAGAGAGUCUGCUAAUGUGUGACACAGCAGGCCAAAGCACACAGACGGCUGUGGUCCCAAACAUGAGCAGUGAAGUAUUUAAAAAUUAUGACAAUAAUCUGGGUUCUGUUCUGGAUGAGGAAGAUAACAACAGUCUGUGUGGAAAGAGUGACCGGAUGGCAGAUGAGGAAUUGGUAGAAGAGGGAACUUCUGAGUCCAACUUGGCCCGCUGGAGGUCCAUUGAGGAGAUCUCAGAAGCAGGGGGAGGGGAGGAUGGAAGCUCCACAUUCCCAGAGGAUGAUGUCAGUAAUCUAAAUCCAGAAAAUGAUGGAGAUAAUACUGACACAAAAAUACAAGACACUUGGAAUGAUUCUAAUAAUAACAACGACUCUGCCUUUGACUCAUUGGAAGCUGCCAUGUGUGGAAGUCUGAAUGCUCUAUCAGAGGAAGUGAGACCCCUGAGUGUCAGUGUCAGUGUUAGAGAGUCUGUGUCUAAUAUUCCACUUGAAGAGAUGCCAACUCAGGUUUCUGACACAAUUGCUGAUGAAGAACAAGAAUUGACAGACAGCUCCAUAAACCAGACAUUAGACACAAUACAGGCACCAUCCUCAAAUGACAGUGUCUGUAGCAUCUCAGCACCAUUAGUUGAGACUCACAUGGACCCAGCAGCAACAAAUAAAUAUUUUGGUUCGCCAGAUAAGUCAAGAUGUCAUACUCGUCCAGAGUGUAAGACAAUCACUCCAGAGAGUAAUACAGCAUUUUCUUUGCUACAUGGAUCCUUUGGUUCCUUUACUCCUAAAUGUAAAUCUAAUGAAUCAAGACCAAGAAAAGCUGGUCAAGACAAGGUAGAAAAUACCAGUUUUUCAUCAGAACCAGACAUUGUGAAACCUCAGACUGAGGGCCAGAAAGAAGAUGAUGUGACUGACACACUUGUCAAUGAACCAAAGACUAAAGAUGCCUUCAGUGGACAGCAGAGUGUUGUUUGUAACUCAGGGGAAGAAGAUAAGGAAGAAAAAAUGGAAGAGAAAGUAAAAGAGAGAGGUGAAGAGAAAGAUGAGGAGAGCAAAGAGGAAAGUAAAACCUCUCCUGUACAGAAUAGCCCAGAGCACUUUGCAUGUCACACCCCUAAGGGGGAACUUUGCACAGAUAAACCCGUUGCUGCUAAGAAAGGGAGGAGAGGAAGGCAGAACAAACACAGGGCAUCCCAAAGAGGCAGCCAUGCUGACUCCAGCCCUGAAUCUAUUGAUGAUCCAAAGAGUGAUGAGCCAUUAAAUACCACAGCAGACGGAUGGUCAAAGGGGAUUGCAGACAGUUCAAAAAGUCAGACAGUUAGCAAGGCGGACAACAAAGCUUCACCGUUGGACUGUCAACAGAGGACAUCGGGGACAGACAAAGCAGAAUCUAGUUCACAGAUUCAGGAGGAUAACAGUUCAAGUCCUGAUGUCAAAACUUCUAGCCAUGGACACUGCAGUUCAACCAUGCAUAUCCCAGACAACCUCAAUGCCAUGGUGGCAUUGAGCCAAGAAUUACAAAAGAAACAGGAAGUGCUUGAUAACAGACCGCUAUCUGAUAGUCAGAGAGGAAUUACAGUAGACAUUAAUGAUAACAACAUAGAUACUGGCCACAACCCACUUAUCCAGGAUACCAUAUCAUGCUCUCUGACUUCACUUCCUUCCUCAGCAUCCUCUGAUUCGUCCUCCUCCCUUCUACCUUGUGCCUCAACAGAGCCAGAGGAUGAUCUUUCCACACCUGUGCAGGAAUCCCAACCUGUCCCCUCAGCCCAGCAACAGUCAUCACUGUCCACAUGCCACACCACUCCUACCCUUUGCUCCACUUCUCCAACAACACAACAAGCCCCUGAUUCCCAACUUCUUCCUGACAGCAACCUCCAAGAGGUUGUCCUUUCUACAUCAGCUGCCACAGCUGCCACAAGUGUCUCCUCACCCUCAUUCUCCACUGCCGUUCCAUUAAACCUGUCCCAGCCCACCCAAGAAUCAUCUUCACCUGGGUCAGGGACUCAAGAUUCAGCAUGUGUUCCAGACUCUAUUUCCUGUCCCCAGUCUCCAUCCAAUUCACAGUCUCAGCCUAAUCUCAACGCCCAGUCUCACAAACAAAUCAAGCAAGGUCGCACAUGGAGUACACAAGACAGGUGCAGAGGUCCCAAUUUGGCAGAGGAGGAGACAGAUAGUGAUGAUGAUGAUGGACUGCCUCAACGUGGUCACAGAUCCCAGUCCAGAGGAGUCGCAGGAAACAGAAAUGGAUUGUUGCAGAGCGAGUCUGGUCCCUCCAGUCAACGGGAAAUACAGCCUUUCUCUGCCCACCAAAUAACCGACAGACAGUCAGGCUGUCCAAUCAACCACAGCCAUAAGAUUUCUGAAGAAAUUGACCUAUCUUUCAAAAACAAUUGUUCCAUACUGGCUUCCUGCAAUGAGUCUGAGAGUGAGGGGUCAGUGCCUGAGCUAGAGGAGCCAGAGCCACUGAGACCAUCAGAGCCCCAGUCUCUCUCCUCUGCAGAUGAAGGGCUAAACAGACCAAAACAGAGCCGCAGUGAGAAGAAGGCCCGCAAGGCCAUGUCUAAACUGGGUCUAAAGCCAGUCCAUGGUGUGACCAGAAUUACCAUUAGGAAGUCCAAGAGUAUCUUGUUUGUCAUCAGCAGACCAGAUGUAUUCAAAAGCCCUGCAUCAGACAUUUACAUUGUAUUUGGAGAGGCAAAGAUUGAGGACCUAUCUCAGCAGGCUCACAAAGCAGCUGCAGAGAAAUUCAAGGUGCCUGUGACCUCUUCUCCCUUGGCCCCACCUGUCCCACCCAGCCUCACCAUCAAGGAAGAGAGCGAAGAGGAGGAAGAGGAGGUGGAUGAGGGAGGUCUUGAGCAGAGAGACAUUGAGCUGGUGAUGGCACAGGCCAAUGUGUCACGAGCCAAGGCCGUCCGUGCGCUGAAACACAACAAGAAUGACAUUGUGAAUGCUAUCAUGGAGCUGACCAUGUGAGUGAAGGACAAUUUGAAUUCAGACCCCCUUCUUCCAGCCUAUAAAGCCUAAAUGCCACUGACUCUUCUGUAUCGCUGCUCCUGUAUGUUGCAUCCCCAAUAUCUGCUAAAUAAAGUCUGUUCCAACGUGG